AUGAUGAAGGAGAGGAAGGGUAGUACCCUUGGUGGACGACCGGGAGACUCUUCGGUAAUCGUUCCAAGGUCCCCGCGGGUCGCCCCGCAGUCGGGGGACAACGAGCGAACCCCUCCACCGCUGGGGCUUCUGGGGAAAGUGGCCAGCAUACGAAACCUGUCGCGCAAGAAAAAGCUACAGGAGGCCACCAAGACGAAGACGGCCGACACCCCAACAACCCUACGGCCCAAGAAGGCGAAGGACCCGGCGGACGACCCCCUGGGCGAAGACUGGCACACGGCUCCUCUGCCCCCGCCACUCAGCGGCGGCGUUUUGUACAUAUCGCAGGAGCUGUCCACCGUCACCUCGCCCCCCAUUCCUCCUUCGCCGCGCAGCGCUGGUAGCCUCGGGGCAGCCGCUGCCGCCCGCCACCCGCGAGGUUUCUUCGACAGGCACUCGUUGAGCGUGCUGCCGGUCAGCCCCAACUUCGUCUGCCCGCCCCCUGCCACCCCCAUCACAUCUUCUCCCUCUCCUCUGCCGAAAGAUGUCCGUGGCGACAUUGCCAAGUUCCAGCUCGAGGGCUAUGCACGCAAGUACUUCAAGACCCGCAAGAAGGGCAUCUUCAAGCGGCAGGUGCCAAUCAAGGACCUCCUCACAUUCCAGAAGAAAGAUAUGGAUAGUCCUCUGCUCGACCUCAAGAACAAGCCGGAGCUGCACUCCAUCGCCAUCAAGAUAGAGCUGCUACAAGAGGCACUGCGAGAGGGGCAAAUACGAGAUGAGGUCUACUGCCAGAUAUGUAAGCAAACCUGUGAUACGCCAUCCGCCGAGAUACUCUACAAGGGGUGGGAGCUCAUGACGUUCUGCUGCGUGACCUUCCCACCAACGCGCAAUUUUGAAGAGUGGCUGCGCAAGCACCUGUGGGAGCACACGAAGCUCUCUGACUCACGACAAGCUUCCUACGCCCGAUUCUGCGUGCGGAAGCUGGACCUGAUCUGCGAGGCGCCACCAAGCGCGCGAGUGCCCUCCUACCACGAGAUCGAAAUGAUGAAGGAGAUCAUGGACUGGCAGAAGGAGAAGGGAAUAGGGUUGGAAGUGCCUCAGAUCAUGGUACACCUUUGCGAAGGAGUUCUCAGACUCAACGGCCACUCUGCCCUGGGCAUCUUCAGGGUGAAGGGAGAUACGAAGCGAACCAACGACCUCAAGGCCGAGCUCGAGUGUAACCGAUACACGCUGGACACGCUCAACCCGCACGAUUUGGCCAACCUCCUCAAGACAUGGCUUCGAGAACUACCCGACCCACUCAUCCCCUUCGAGCUCCAACCCAAGUGUCUGGCGGUGGCGGACACCGUGCAGCCGACGUUGCAAGUUGUAAAUACCAAGCUGCACCCGCUCAACAAGAAGGCUCUGCUCUACCUGGUCGAAUUUCUACGUACCUUCCUGGCCCCCGAGGUGGAGGGCCGGACGAAGAUGAACCUCGCCAACCUCGCCACCAUUUUUGGACCCAACCUUCUUCGCGCUCCCGACGCCGAGGUAUCACUCGAGAACGCGCAGUUGGCUCAGGAUUUUGUGAACACAUUGCUCAAACACUGGAGGGGAUGA